GCUUCCUCUGCCCGAAUCGCCUGCGCGCGUCAAGCAUUCCGUAUCUGCUCUCCUUCUCUGCUCGGGUAGGCAGGAGGGCUUUCUGCCCUCUCCUGAAGGCGGAGAAGUAGACGGCGGCUACCACUGGAGGUCUAAAACCCCAGAAGUAAUUCUGAUCCUCCCAAGCGGCAGCGAGGCGAAAGGAAAGAAGAAGGGGUCCUCACAACGACCUCCUCAAAGCCGGUGGUUUCCAUUAACCCGGAAGUAAUUCUCGCCUCCCCCUCCGCCUUUGCCGCUGGGCAGGGAGAAGGAGGGCCAGGUCCGGCCCGGCAUGCCCUGGGCUUCCGGUGACCUCUGGCCCUUUUCUGUCGUCCGCUUUCGCAGCCUAGCGUGCUCGUUCGCACACUGUCUUCCACCCCGUCAUCUUCGCACCCUGCCUGGUGACUCUGGCGCCCGCGAGUAGCAGGGAGGCGGUGGCGGAGGACACUCGUCAUGGCCGCCUCUAAGCCUGUGGAGGCGGCGGUGGCCGCAGCAGCUGCGCCGGGGUCCGGGAGCGGGGUGGGCGGCGGCGGUGGAACCGCAGGCCCGGGCACCGGGGGCCUACCGCGAUGGCAGCUGGCGCUGGCGGUCGGGGCGCCCCUGUUGCUGGGUGCCGGUGCCAUGUACCUGUGGAGCCGGCAGCGGCGGCGCCGGGACACCGGGGGCCGGGGUGAUGCCAGUGGCCUGAAGCGCAACAGUGAACGGAAGACCCCAGAGGGCAGGGCCAGUCCGGCCCCGGGCAGCGGACACCCGGAAGGCCCCGGUGCUCACCUGGAAAUGAACUCCCUUGAUAGAGCACAAGCAGCCAAGAACAAAGGCAACAAGUAUUUUAAAGCGGGAAAAUAUGAACAAGCUAUUCAGUGCUAUACUGAGGCGAUCAGUUUGUGUCCUACAGAGAAGAAUGUCGACCUUUCCACGUUUUAUCAGAACAGAGCUGCGGCCUUUGAACAGCUGCAAAAAUGGAAAGAAGUGGCACAAGAUUGUACAAAAGCUGUUGAACUUAAUCCCAAAUAUGUGAAGGCACUCUUCAGACGUGCAAAAGCCCACGAGAAGCUAGACAAUAAGAAGGAAUGUUUAGAAGAUGUGACUGCUGUCUGUAUAUUAGAAGGGUUCCAAAACCAACAAAGCAUGCUGUUAGCUGAUAAAGUUCUUAAACUUCUCGGCAAAGAGAAAGCCAAAGAGAAAUACAAGAAUCGUGAACCUCUGAUGCCAUCUCCACAGUUUAUCAAAUCUUACUUCAGUUCUUUCACGGAUGACAUCAUUUCUCAGCCCACACUUAAAGGAGAGAAGUCUGAUGAAGAUAAAGACAAAGAAGGGGAGGCUCUGGAAGUGAAAGAAAAUUCUGGGUAUUUAAAGGCCAAACAGUACAUGGAGGAAGAAAACUAUGAUAAAAUCAUAAGUGAAUGUUCAAAAGAAAUAGAUGCCGAAGGCGGCAGACACAGGGCGGAAGCGUUGCUGCUGCGGGCCACCUUCUACCUGCUCGUCGGCAACGCCAGCGCGGCCAAGCCGGACCUGGACCAGGUCAUCAGCCUGAAGGGGGCGGACGUCAAGCUUCGAGCAAAUGCUCUCAUCAAAAGAGGCAGCAUGUACAUGCAGCAGCAGGAGCCUUUGCUGUCCACUCAGGAUUUUAACAUGGCUGCCGACAUUGAUCCUCAGAACGCUGAUGUUUACCAUCACCGAGGACAGCUGAAAAUACUUCUUGAUCAAGUUGAAGAAGCAGUGGCAGAUUUUGAUGAAUGUAUCAGGUUAAGACCUGAGUCUGCUCUGGCACAAGCUCAGAAGUGUUUCGCAUUGUAUCGCCAGGCAUAUACAGGAAACAAUUCUUCACAAAUCCAAGCGGCUAUGAAAGGUUUUGAAGAAGUCAUAAAGAAAUUUCCAAGGUGUGCCGAAGGCUACGCACUGUAUGCCCAGGCAUUAACAGAUCAACAGCAGUUUGGUAAAGCUGAUGAAAUGUAUGAUAAAUGUAUUGAUUUGGAGCCAGAUAAUGCCACAACAUAUGUUCAUAAAGGUUUACUUCAGCUUCAGUGGAAGCAAGAUCUGGAUAAAGGUUUGGAGCUUAUCAGCAAGGCGAUUGAAAUUGACAACAAAUGUGACUUUGCAUAUGAGACCAUGGGAACUAUUGAAGUGCAAAGAGGAAACAUGGAGAAAGCCAUUGACAUGUUCAACAAAGCUAUCAACCUGGCCAAAUCGGAAAUGGAGAUGGCUCAUCUGUAUUCCCUUUGUGAUGCCGCCCAUGCCCAGACAGAAGUUGCAAAGAAAUAUGGAUUAAAGCCACCAACAUUAUAAAACGGUGGGGAGGAAAAUGACCCUCUUUUUAGAAGACAUUUACCCCCUCUUCAACUGAACCCUACAGACACUGUCCUGAACUGUGUUGAAUGGUGGAACUUAGUAACUCCAAUUGUGGUGUUGUCAUUUGUUACAUCCGUUUCAUGUGUAGGUGUUGUGGGAGUGGCUGUCGAAGGGAGUUUGCAGUGCUGCAGCUUUGAGUCCCUGUGCAGUUAAAGCUUAAAGCCUGGGAAAGGGUAUUAAAGUUGCAGAGCACCAGCGAUAACUGGCCAUGCAAAUAAAAACUUUGAUUUGUCGAUCUGGGUUUUUUUUUCCCCUCCCCCAAGGGAAGGGGUGGGGGGUGAUUAUGUUCUAGAUGAUUUUGUCUGUGUGUACAUGUAUGUGUGAAUAAUAUGUGAGAAUUUUACAGUAUGUUCGUGUUUAAAUUAACAUAGUAAGUGCUGGAAAAUAGAUUUCUUAUGUUCAAUUAAUCCCUUUUAGUAGAUUUUGUUUUUUGAAGGAAACAAAGUUUAAAUGGGGAUUUUGUUUCAAAGACAGCAAAAUUGAGAGGUCUUUUCAAACACUGUCAGCAUGCACACUUCCUCUGACUCUGCAGGACUUUAGACUCAGUGACAACUGUUAACCCUUUGAUCCCCCUUCAGCCCUAAUGGAUAAUGUACAUUGUUCUUAAAAGUCCACAGUAGCCAGUUUUUAUACAGUAAAUUAUGCAGAAGCAAAGUACUCCGAUUGACGUGUGUGGCGGAAACCUGAGGAUCAACGGGAGAGCGGGCCAGGCGAGAGUGAAUGGGGGUGUGUUUAUAACUGUCUGUCGCUGUGUCUACUGCAUGUGAUAAUAGUGUACUUUGUAAAGAAAAUGCAGGUCGGUUGUGCGUAUAACCUAAAUAAAGAUGGUGUGUGACAGA